AUGCUGCAGUCUUCCAUGGCUCAUCUGUACAAAUAUUUGCCACCCCUGAGAGAUAAACUAAUGGAAGAAACAGAAGAGCUAUGUCUGCAGAGGGAACAAAAAGAGGAACUGGAGCGUCUGAACCAGAUCCUGGAAGCAGAGAAGCAGCGUUUUGAAGAGGUGGUGCGGGAGCUGCGGCUGGAGCAGGAGGAGAUCAGACGGGAGCUGGAGCUCACAGCCCGCUCCCUUAAAGGAGUGGAGGAAGAGAAGAAAGAGUUGCGAAGCCUGACAGAGUCCUUACAGAACACCCUAGAGGAGCUCUCCCUGGAAAAACAACAAAUGCUGGAGAUGCUGGAAGAAAAUGAGAGCCAAGUCCCACCUCCAACCAGCCCCAGCAAGGAGCAAAGCCCCAUCUGGGGACUGCACUGCAGCCUGCGACAGAUUGAAGAGAAGAUGCAGCAACUUCUGCAGGAGAAACUCCUGGCAGAGAAAAGGAUGAAGGAGAAUGAGGAGCGGUCUCGAGCACUGGAGGAGGAGCGGGAGUUUUACUCUUCCCAGUCGCAAGCGCUGCAGAACUCGCUCUCGGAGCUGACUGCAGAGAAACAGCAGGCAGAGAGAGACCUCAAGGCUGAAGUGAAGGUACGCAUGGAUCUGGAGAAGAGACUGAGAGAGGCUGAAGAAGCAUUGCAGAGCUUGGAGCAAGGCUUAAAUUCUCUGAAUUUCAACAAGGAGAAAGAGAAGAAGAUGAAAGCAGAUGUCAGUAACUUGAGAAAGUUCUUUGAAGAGUGCAUCCGCAAUGCUGAGCUGGAGGCCAAGAUGCCUGUGAUCAUGAAGAACUCCGUGUACAUCCACAAGGCUGCCACCCGCCGCAUAAAGAGCUGCCGCUUCCGCUGCCGGAGAACCAGCACUUCCUGGAAUGACAUGAAACAGUCACAGUCCUUCAUCUUCUCACAUGCAGAAGCUGAAAACAUUGAAGAGCUGAAAGAAGCAGCCAAAAGACUGAGCCGGGACCAGCGCUUUAGGAAAACUAUCUAUCAAAUAAUGAGGUCACAAAAGGAUUCUGCUUCAGGGGACAAAAAGUGACUCUUCUUGGGAGGGGGCUUCUGAGCUCAACCUGCCAUUCAGCUCUGCAAAAGUUACAGCCUUGGGCACUAGGCUCAGAAGGGAGAUUGGCAUUUGGGUGGGGAAGGUGGGGGAGAGGUGUGUGUAGGCAAUCUCUUCAGUUAUUGGCUUUGCUUUAGUUUGAGUGCUCCCUGCAGCCUGGCAGACAUUGUCUGCUGAUCACUCCAGACCUGUUUGCUUCAGCUGCUUGCAUUAAGCCAUGUUUUGCCAAGAUGCCACAGUCAGUGUUAAAGUGAACCAGAGACCGUUGCUUAGGAAGUGCCUCUCUUUCUUUCCCUGUCUAGUCUGUCUGCCAAACACAAGUGCUUCUGAGGAAACCUUUAGCAGCCUAUGUUCCAGCUUGUGUAAUCUCCUCAGCUGAGCACAGCUCACCCUGUUCUGCCUGAUUCCCCCUAGGAGUUAGCUCACUGCACACCCUCAGUCAAUCAGCACUUCGGUGGGGCACUUUUCCUGAAGACUGCAGCAGUCCCAGCCUCCCAAGCAUAGCCAAAAGUAUCAAACACAGGGCCAAACUUUUUGUCUUGAUGCUACAUCAUUUCAAGCAAACAGCAACAACACAAGGCGAAGACAGCUGGAGGAUGCUGUGGAUUUGGGUCCAAGGAGGAUCAUGUACAGAGAAGAGCUUAUAGGUAAUUCAAAUGUCAUCAAUGCAAGCUGGAGGGAGAGUUCUGUUGUGUUGAUGGUGGACAGAACAUUCUGGGGCCACCUUUGCACAUUUUUUGCACUGGGACAUCUAGCUGUCAGAACUAGGGAAGAUGUUAGCUAUUGGCCAUCUGUUCCUCAGUGUGAAGAAGCCUUUGACUCAUUUUUGAUGGCUUCCUCAACACCUCUGUAAAACAAGUUGGAGGGCAGGAGGGUGAGGACUGUCCAUCAACAAAACCCACUGCCACUUCAGGUAAGCUGUAAGGGUUGUGGGAGAGGAGUACAGGAGAGGAGUCACUUUGUUGUGGAACCCCUGAACGCCUUGCAGCCUUCCCCAUCUAUUUUAGCAGUUGGUUAAUAAUUACCCAUGCUGUAGAAGCAGCACUGCCUGGUGCUUACAGAGCACAGGAUAAGCACGCUUGGAGUGUUGCCCUGUUUUCUCCUGCAUAUUAAUAGGGAAAUAAAUAAAUUGACAAUAUAAAGGUGAAUAAAGUAAGCAGCAGAAGUACAGUUAGGGGUUAGGGUAAAGUGCAGAUUUACUGUACCUUUCAUGGCAUCAGGACCCCUGGGUAUUAUGUAUGUCCAGUGACACACAGGUAUUUGCUUGUCAUUGUCCCAGUCAGACUGUGACAGGGUCCACUCACACCCUUUGGCAUCUGGCCACCUACAUAAUUCCCUACCAAUUUAGUGUUCUUCCUAGGGAUAAGUCAAGGAUGAGGCUAGAAAGCAAGCCUUGGCUUACCAGCCAGCGGAGAGGAGUUAAUGCUGGGUGGAGGAGCAUCCUGUGACAGUAUGGUGCUCCUGAAUGGAAUCACUCUAGUGUGACCAGAGGAAAAGCUUUGAAAGCACAGCCUGUACUUCCCAUGUUAGUCAGUUACUGGCUAGUAUCCUUCUGCCAGGCGUUGGGAGGUUUCAUCCAAUCAGAGGAUCCAGUUCUGAAGGAGGAUGUUUUUGUGAUAAUAGGUGAUAUGGUAGGAGAAGAUUGUUCCCAUUCUUCCUUAGCAUACUUGAUCUUUCUGUGGUUUAUCUGCUUGUGUUUACAUGCUAGAAAGUCACAAAUUAAUUCUUGCUCCUACAAGGCUGAAGGGCUCUGAUAAAGCAAUACAGAAAUGUUUUUUUUUCCUUUAUGCUGUUCCCAGAUAAUCUCUGGCUAUUUUCCAGUUACAAGAUCUAUAUAUAUUAGGUGAUGCUGCAAGGGACAGAAUACAGGAUAGCUAGGGAAUGCAUCUGUAAUUCAGGCAGUUAGGAAAACUGUGGCCUGUGAAUACAGCAUUUUUGUUCUAUUACCAUCAAAGCCACAAUAUGUGACUCUUCAGAAAUAUUGUAUGCAGGAGGUAGCUACAUCAGGUCUUCCUUUACUGUGCAUAUUGACAGCAAUAAGUAAAUAAAAUUUAUGCUGACACUAGAA